UACGAUGUCCAUUGUUUACAUUGAGUCAACGGGACAUAAACAACGUCGUUAGGCGUAUUGGGCACGCUUAUAGGAAUUUUGAAUGUGCAGUAAAUUCUUCGGGAAAUAUACAGCUCAUUAAAACCAUCAUGUGGGGUGAGUUUGAAGAUGAGAGCAGAGACCAACCAGUAUCGACAACCCCUAAAACACUCCUCAAAUCAGAGGAAUCCUUACCCUCCUCUGAGGAGCUCAAUCAAGAGGAUGUUCCAGAUGAGAGCCUUUCCUUAAAGGACAGAAUCAUACAUCACUUGGCUGCUAGCAAAGUGGUGCUCAAGAGUCAGCAGAGAUAUGAACCAGAUUUUACCUAUGAAGAGAGACGGAAUAUUGCUGAAACAAUGCUUGAUGAAAAGCCAGGGCAGUUCUUGUAUCGCUUUGGAAAGUUUCUCCAGAGAGAGCACCUCACCUACUUUUUGAAGUAUGAAGGAAACCCAGAGAUAGAUCAUUACCUCACAGAGACCAUGAAGAAUUUAAAUAAACAUACAUCAAAAAUUACUGUCAAGAACAGACGAUAUGGGGCAAUGCAGAGACUGCGUAAGUCAGGAGAUUACUUUAGUGAGAAGGAAAUGGAGCGUCGUAAUCCUUUGCUUUAUGAUCACUUGAUUGGCAAACAUAUGACAGAAGAGGAAAGGAAAGAAAAAUACACAGUAGAGAAAUAUGAAGCCAGUUUUUCUUCUGUGCUUCUACAUCACAUUGAUGCACGAGACAAGAAAGACUUCAAGAAACGCCAAGAAGAAGAGGAGGAUGAUAUGUUUGAAGAAGAGGAAGAUGAGGAUGAUGAGGAGGAGGAGGAGGAAGAAAUGGACACAGGGAUGGAAGUAGAAUCAGGAGAGAAGCAAUUACUGAAGGAAGAAUUUUACUCUUCUGCAUACCUCAACUUCUUGAAUGGAAAAGAUGAAGAAUUUGACUAUGGACAAGUUGAUACCAGUGACGAUUACGACCUUCUAGAAAUAAGAGCCAGAGAUGAUGAGGAAAGGUAUUUUGAUGAUGACGACGAAGAUGAAGAAGGCAAUAAAGAUGAUGUAUGCCACAAUCUUGAUGAAGACAAGGAUUUUCUCCCAAUGCCUCAAAAGCACAGACAAGAUGGUCCCAACAUAACUGAUAAACCCCCGGAUGAAGACAUGACUUAGGAUUCCAUACAGAUUCAUUAUCUUCUUUUACCAUCUCUUGGUAUUUGUAAGUUUGAAAAAAUAUCUCAGUCACUUUAUUAUAAAGGGUUUUAAUAUCAAUAGAUAUUUAGGGAAAGCCA